GGAGCUCAGGAGGCCAGAGAGCAACAAUCUGGAAGACGAAGGCACUGAAGAAGUUGCAACCUUGAUUGGCAUCUUUACCACCAAUCAUUAAAUGGAACAUAGUUCAACACGUGGAGCGACAAACUUGGGGAUUUGACAUUAUCCAUACAAAAAAAGUCCAACUGAGGGAAGGCCGAGAUGAUCCACAACACACUCAAGUCCCCCCAGGAGGAGGAAGAGGAGGAGGACGAGGUGCAAAGUCCCAUCCGCACGCAUUCGGCAGCGCAGAGGCGGCUGUGGAGGUACUCGGGCUACAGGGGCACCAGACGGCCCGAGACUCAGCGGCGAAGUGUGUGCGUGCUCUCGGCAGACUUGAACGGGACGACGGGAGGAGGAGGAGGGGGCGUGAUGCACACCAUUCACGGGCUGUGUCACCUCUGCAUCGGAUGUAGGCUUCCACAGGUGACCAUCCUUCGAGGAAAGGAUGGAUACGGAUUCACCAUCUGCUCGGAUUCGCCUGUGAGGGUGCAGGCUGUUGAUCCAGGAGGCCCCGCGGACCAAGCGGGUCUGCAGCAGCUGGAUACGCUUCUGCAGCUCGACGGUCAGCCCGUGGAGCAGUGGAAAUGUGCCGACUUGGCCCAUGCCAUCAGAAACAGCGCAAAUGAGAUCACGGUGGUGGUGUGGCGCAGCGGCCCCUCAGCCAAGGCCAACUUCGAGGGUCUCAUCCACCGACCCUCCUACAAGCCGUCCACCUCCAACUAUGAGAAACCCUCGCCGCCCGCCCGCCAGCGCGCCCCAGACUUGGGCAUCGGUCGAACCCCGCCGGCCGUGCCGCCGCUCCCGGCUCACCACCGCACCGCCGCCGCCCGCAGGCUGCUGGUCAACGGCUGCGACGGCAUCGCGGGCGGCACCGGGGGCUUAGGGGUGGACACCCUGAGGUGGGGCGCCCAGGGCGGCUCGGCCGAGGAGCUGGACGGCAAGCCGCGGCACCUCCAGCACCCUCACACCGCCACUCUGAAGGGAACCAGGGUAAAGGCGUCCAACGGGGACAACUACAUCAUCCUGGCCCCCUUCAAUCCCGGAAGCCAGAUCUUGAGGCCGGUUUAUCAGGACAAUCAGGGAACGUUUGCCAGCCGUUUGUAUCCCACGCGGCAGGCCUCUGGUGCUCAGAACCAGGCCGCCGGCUCCGGUGGGGGUGUCGGAACCUUUUCGCCCGGUUCAAGUGGGGGCGGUCCUUUCUCCGGCCGCACUGGCUUUCUGCGUCGCUCCAACAAUGGCAAGACGGCAAAAAACACCCCCACCGGUACCGGCGUGCCCAACUACCCGCAGCAGAGUGCCAACUUUGCCAACUACCAGAAUUGCACCAUCGUCCGUUCUCACGUCCCUCAUGGUAACUAUGGAUAUGUCUCUAUGGCGCCCAAGAUCCUCAUCUUCCCCAUCUUUGUUCAGCCUCUGGACGUGUGCAGUCGAGCUCUCAUCAUAACAGAGGAGAUGAUUUUACAUGAGAGCAAGCAUCACUCCCUCAAGGUUACAGUGUUCGUCUACACGGACUUGAUGUUGGUCACGAGAGAAGACGAGCCCGGCAAGUGUAAUGUCCUCCAGAGUCCUUUGUACCUGCGACACCUGCGACUACAGGACGAUUACACUGAAGAACUCCGAUUCUACCUUAUUCACAUGACCGAAAAUUGCGACUGCCUGCUCAGCCUGGAAGCGUACUCGUCUGAGCAGAAGCAUCGCGUGUGCCAGUGCCUCAAGGACAACAUCGACAAGCAGCUCGAGCUUCAGAGGAGGGAGCCCGCCGUUCAGCAUUUUGACCAGAUGUUGGAGCCAAAGGUGGACGUGCCCUCUUGCGAGCUCGGCGGAGUCGGGGGGGAUCGAGGUGGCGUGUGCCUCCACCUACCGCCCCGCAGUUCUGAAGGGGAGGAGAGCAGUCUGUAUCCGUCCAGCCCCUCCGAACCCUUGACCCUGAGCAGCCCUCACCCCUCGGAGCCCCUCAGCCCUCUGAAUGAGGUCUACCUUCCCCUCGGUAGCCUGGGCGGGUCUGAGGAGCGCCACAAGGUGCCCCCCACGCCUCCGCCUUCCACCGAAGGCGAGGACUGGAAGAGCAUGGACGGACACGAGAUGGAGAUCUGGAGAGAGGACAACCGCAGAGAGGAAGAGUAUGAAGAAGAGGAUGGUGCGAGCAGGAAGAGCGAUUUGGAGGAGGGAGUCGAGCGAGAGGAAGAGGAGGUUCACCUCCACCUGCUGGUGUCAAAUGCGGACGGGGACAACGCCUCCGAGCCGCCCGACACCAACGCCCCCCCUUCGUCCUCCUCAUCCUCAUUCGUCAUCCCUGAGCUGCGCCUGGACCGCUCCUUCAGCGCGGAUGCGCUCUCUUCGCCCAACACCGACGAAGAAGAAUACGACGAGGAAGAGGAGGAGGACGAGGACGAGGAUUCCGAGGAGGACGACAGCGACGAUGCCUACCUGCAGCGCAGCGACAGCAAGCGGCGCUCCAUGGUGGAGGGCGCCACCUGCGAGAAGCACGGCGGGGGGGGCCUCAGCGUGCAGAACUCGCUGCGCCGGCGCACCCACAGCGAGGGCAGCCUGCUGCAGGACCCGCGCACGCCCUGCUUCACCUCGGACAACGCCAUCAACUGCCUGGAGGCGGGCGGCACGCGCCACAAGGGCGGCUGGACGCUGCCCUCGCCCAAGACCCUGAAGAAAGAGCUGACCAAGAAUGGAGGCUCCGUGCAUCAGCUCUGCAUGCUCUUCUCUGGGAGGAAGCUCAGCUCCGGAUCCUCCUGCAGCUGCGAGGUCGGCCCCGACGGCACCAAGACGAAAAAGUCCAAGAACCUGGCCAAAGACAUGAAGAACCGCUUGGCUUUCCUACGGCGGAGGAACGAAUCUCCGGGAAGCAACCCAGCCGGAAAGUUGGACAAAACCAUGAAGUCAGUCAAGCCCACCCCGGAGGAUGCGCUCAAGUGGGGGGACUCCCUUGACAAGCUGCUGGCACACAAAUAUGGUCUGGCAGCCUUCAGAGCAUUCUUGCGCACCGAGUUCAGCGAGGAGAAUCUGGAAUUUUGGCUGGCGUGCGAGGAGUACAAAAAGAUUAAGUCGCAGUCCAAGAUGGCCUCAAAAGCAAAGAAGAUCUUUGCAGAAUACAUCGCCAUCCAGUCUUGUAAAGAGGUGAACCUGGACUCGUACACUCGGGAUCACACAAAGGACAACCUGCAGAAUGUGACGCGCUCCUGCUUUGAGCUGGCGCAAAGGCGGAUAUAUGGGCUAAUGGAGAAAGACUCAUACCCUCGCUUCCUGCGCUCAGAACUCUACUUGGACUUGAUCAACCAAAAAAAGGCCAGCUCCACUUCGACGUCCUCUUCAUCAUAAGAGGCUAAAAGGUUCUCCCCAGAGGAGAGAGCGUGUUUGGGAUGCCAAGUUUCUUCCUCUCUCUUGCCUUUUUAUUUUUUAAUGUUUUGUCUGUCAUCCUGUUUGCUAUAACUUCUCAUUUGUUUUUAGUGGUUGCAGGAAAGCUAAUGGCACUGCAAAGGAAUGUAGUUUACUCAUGGAGCAGAUGGACUGUUUGCUAAAAAUAUGAAAUGAGAAAGCCUCUAAUUGAGAGCAGAAGCUGGGUGCUUGUCAGAUCACUGUCUUUGUAAGAAAUGUUUUGGUCCAGUUGAACUGAAAAAUUAGGACAGGGUUCGGAAAAAGCCCAGACACAAAGACAGUCCGGUACUGUUUGUCAGUCUUUUUAUUUUCAUGUACCUUUUGUUUCCUCAACAACGUCCAUGGUGAAACCACUUCCGAACUGUUGGCACGACAAAAGCGGCCCGUCUUCGUUUCCUCAAUGUCUAGAAGAGAUCUGUAGCUCUGCUUCACAAUCAUCUACGCCCCUUCUGAAAGACUGUGACAAAGAUGGACAAAGAAUACACAUGCAUGGACUUAUUUAAGACUUGAAAAGUCGUAUUGACGGCAAGAAAAAAAGGACUCGCAGCGAGAGAAGUCCAACAGCAUUUUCCUUCAAACACAUAAACGUAGCUGAUAAACGAGGAAGCAUCUCUCAGGACAUGGUUUCAGUUUUUCCGACCGCCGUUUUUGUUUCCAGGCUUCCCAACUUGCACUCUCUUACUUAUACUGAGCAAUACACAACAUGUCGCUUGGAAUACUUUUCACUUCGCCUAUUUAUUUAGAGUAAAAGGAUUACAGGCUGGACACCUCCAGAAGCACUCGGCUCAAAGCUUUCCUCUUAACCACCAAACAGGUCCAAUGCUGUCCUGAAUCUAAGUGCAAUAUUUUUACUUUUAAUGUUUUAUUAUUAUUAUUAUUAUUGGUUUUGUGUGUUUAUUUAGAUUUUUUUCUUUCUUUUUUUUCUUUUUUUUUUUAGGCGGGGCGGUCAAGCGUCUUUAGCUCUCUAUUAACUUUAUUUGUUAGGAAAGGAAAGUUAGAGCUCUAAGUUUGACUUAACAGCGAAACUUUCAACAAACCUAUAAGUAGUUUCAUGGAUUUAAAGCGAGAAAUUAUUUUAACUGUGCGUUUGCCCCCCGGCAGCGGGCCGCCGGGAACAUUAUGGUUGUGCAUAUAAUUCUUUAAGAAACUAUGUGAUAAAAGAAGCAAAAAAAUUAAGCGACUGUAUGUUCCCACUGGCUGUGAAGGUGGGAUUCAGCUGUAUUUAUGUAAAUAUAAGAGACUCCAAAACUAUAAGAUGACGUAAUGUUGACGAAUAACAAAAUAGGUGACGAGCAAGAACAGGGCACUAUUGUGGCUCUUUUUCUCUCUCUCUCUCUCUCUCUCUCUCUCUCUCUCUCUCUCAUGGUCAUACAUAAUAACAGUGUUUGUUAGGAGUUUUCUGAAUGCAUUUGAUCAUUUUCACUGUUUACAAGUCAAAAUGCAUCUCCUGUGAUAGCAAGUAAAAACAGUACAUUGCAUCUGGUGUCAAUGCUAAUGAUAAAUAAAACGAUCAGCUG